AAGAUGUCCAACAACACAACAGAGAGCUCCAGCAACGCUUCCUCAGCUCUGCUGGGCCUGUCCCUGGGAAGCGUUUCCCUGAUCACCAUUGUCAUGAACAUUUUAGUGCUGUGUGCUGUGAAAAUGGAGAAGAAGCUGCAGACUGUGGGUAAUUUAUACAUCGUGAGCCUCUCCAUCGCGGAUCUGAUCGUGGGGGCGGCCGUGAUGCCCCUGCACAUCGUGUACCUGCUGAGCACCAAGUGGCCCCUGGGGCUGGCAGCCUGUUUGUUCUGGCUCUCCAUGGAUUACGUGGCCAGCACGGCUUCCAUCUUCAACCUCUUCAUCCUGUGCAUGGACCGGUACCGCUCGGUGCAGCAGCCGCUCAAGUACCUCAAGUACCGCACCAAAAUGAGAGCCUCGCUCCUCAUCCUGGGGGUCUGGCUGCUCUCCUUCACCUGGGUCAUCCCCAUCCUGGGCUGGCACGUUUUUGCCAACAAGGGGAAAAGGAAGGUGCCGGAAGAAAAGUGUGAGACAGAGUUCUUCGACGUCACCUGGUUUAAAGUGCUAACGGCCAUUUUCAACUUCUACCUGCCCUCCCUGCUGAUGUUGUGGUUCUACUGCAAAAUCUUCAGAGCUGUUCGAAAACACUGCCAGCACCGAGAGCUCACCAAUGGAUCUUACUGGUCUGCCAUGGAAAAAAACGUGCAGCACACUAAAACCAAGGAUGAGAAAAAUAAUUGCCUCCAGAAGCAAAUCUUAGGUGAGAACACGCCUGGCACAGACAAGCAAAGCUCCGCAGAGCCCCAAAGAGUGGAGGCAAAGCUUCAUUUCAGCCAACCUGACAAGGCUUCCAAGGCACUGAGAAAUGGGAAGGUCCUGAAGUGGAGCUGUUUCUCUCUCAGCACAGCCACGCCUGAGCCUGGCUUGGGUAAAGCAGGGAAGAAGGGCGUGUGUGCCACAAGAAAACCUGGGAACAAGGAGCAGCCUGACAGCCAGGACAGUGACUCCAGCGUGGCAUCCGACAACCACACCUUCACUGAGGUGGCCACCCGUGCAGAGCAGCCCAGCCCCAGCCCCAGCCCCAGCCCCACGGGAGCCUGCUGUCCUCAGGGAAGGACGGAACGCAGGGAUUCCAGGGGCCUGACGCUCCUGAGGAAAACCUGGCACACCCUGCACAGCCAUUCCAGGAGCAGCCACCGGCACGGGAACAGGGAGAGGAAGGCGGCCAAGCAGCUGGGGGUCAUCAUGGCAGCCUUCAUGCUCUGCUGGAUCCCCUACUUCGUGCUGUUCAUGGUGGUAACGUUCCACGACCAGAAGCAGCUCUCACAACUGCACAGGGUCACCAUAUGGCUGGGCUACAUCAACUCCACCUUAAAUCCAUUCCUGUACCCGCUCUGCAACCACAACUUCAAGAAGACUUUUAAAAAGAUCCUUCACAUUUAUUGA